UUUUCGUUCCCACCUCUCGAGUUAGCCCCGCAUAAUUCUCUUUUGCCUCCUAUAAAGUGGGAGUCGUAGAGCGCUACGGAAGAAGAGCGAGAAAGCGAGAUCGAUCACGCUUCCCAACGACGGAAGUAAUGGCAGAUCAGGUUACCCACCCAACAGUGAGCCAGAAGGUUGCAGGCCAGUUCCAUCUUAGAUCCUACUUUUCACAAGAUCUACAUGCUCGGAAUCGCAGCUUCUAUGGCCCCUCUUUGUAUGAGAGGCGCAUUACAACAGGAAACUUUAUUAAUCAGGAUUUUCAGAAACCAUACAUGCACUGUGGAAUACCCACUGUAACAUCUGUCUCACCUGUUUUUGCCAAUGCUCCUGCCGAAAAAGGUUUUGCAAGCUUUGCUAUAGACUUCCUUAUGGGUGGAGUUUCUGCUGCGGUUUCCAAGACUGCUGCUGCUCCAAUUGAACGUGUGAAACUACUGAUCCAGAACCAAGAUGAGAUGAUCAAGACUGGUCGUCUCUCUGAACCUUACAAAGGAAUUACUGAUUGCUUUGCCCGAACAAUCAGAGAUGAGGGUGUUGGAUCUCUAUGGAGAGGGAAUACAGCUAAUGUCAUUCGUUAUUUUCCCACUCAGGCUUUGAACUUUGCAUUUAAGGACUACUUCAAGAGGAUGUUUAACUUCAAGAAAGACAAAGAUGGGUACUGGAAAUGGUUUGCAGGCAACCUUGCUUCAGGUGGUGCAGCCGGUGCUUCUUCUCUGCUUUUUGUGUAUUCUUUGGACUAUGCUCGUACUCGUUUGGCAAAUGAUGCAAAGGCAGCAAAGACGGGUGGUGAAAGGCAAUUCAAUGGCCUUGUUGAUGUGUACCGUAAGACAUUGCAGUCAGAUGGUGUUGCUGGACUUUACAGAGGAUUUAACAUUUCAUGUGUUGGGAUCAUAGUAUAUCGUGGUCUUUACUUUGGAAUGUAUGAUUCUCUAAAGCCAGUGCUUCUCACAGGAAAGCUACAGGAUAGUUUCUUUGCAAGCUUUGCCUUGGGUUGGUUGAUCACAAAUGGUGCUGGACUUGCAUCUUAUCCCAUUGAUACUGUUAGGAGAAGAAUGAUGAUGACAUCUGGAGAAGCUGUCAAGUACAAGAGCUCUUUAGAUGCUUUCUCCCAGAUCCUGAAGAAUGAGGGAGCCAAAUCAUUAUUCAAGGGUGCAGGUGCUAAUAUUCUCCGUGCAGUUGCUGGUGCAGGUGUGCUUGCUGGUUAUGACAAACUUCAGCUCGUUCUUUUUGGAAAGAAGUAUGGUUCAGGUGGUGCUUAAGGAUACACAUAAUAUUUUAUGAAAUUGAAAACCAAUUUUCUCUAAACCAGAUGCAAAUCUGGAUGGCAUUUUUUUUUUAAUUUCAAUAAGUUCUGUUGAGGGAGAUUCUCAUUACAAUUUUUUGGUGGAGGUUUGUUCUCCCAAACCUUGAUAAUUUUCAAUUUAGAUGAUAGUGGUCCUGUCAAACAAUAUAUGUUUGAUGGCAUUAAUGAAGUUGUCAAGACUUGGAUUAAAUAGUCAUCUUCUGUUA